UGAGGUUGAAAGAAUACAAGAGCUAUCAGAACCUCACGAGAUCACGCAGCGGGCUACAGCAGGAAUGCAAACAAGUGGAGAGGAAGGAUACUUUCUAUGAUUUCCAUUUGAACACGAGAGCUGUCAAAUCAACAAUAGUUCAUUUUCAGGUACAAUUUUACUCUAUUUUUCCAUUCACACAGUCAGCAUGCUUACCAAGCUGCCAUUAGCAUAAAGAUAUAAUUUGGGCGAGGAUGUGAAGGUGCAUGCCAUUUGAUUAACACACUCAAAUUUACCAUCUUUUCAUCCCAUAUAGCACUGACACAAAUACUGUCAUGACAGUAGUCAUUCCGUUGGCCAUGGCUCAUGGGUUUAGUGGGCUCUUACACCUCUCAUUAACUUGGAAGUUGCCAUGUCAAGAUGCAUUCCGCUGUUUAUGGGCUGGGUGGGUUGUUACACAAUUCAUUUACUUAAGAGUUGCCAUGUCAAGAUGCAUAACUCCGUGUUGAUUUUGUGUUGCUUCACAGUUGAUUAGUUCAGUUUGCCUCAUGAAGCACAGUGCAAUUUAGCUCUUGUGUGUUCUCUGUAUCUGAAUUCAAAGGUCGCACAGGGUUAAAAGUUAGAACAUGUUGUGCCAUUGUGUGCCUCUGUACAUUCCAUGUUCAACAAGUUCAAAGACCUAUACCUAGUGAUUAAAAAAAACACCUCCUAGAAUAUUAUAUCUAACUUGUCCAUGGGACCAUGGAUUUUUAUUUUUACUACUGUGCAUACCAACUCAUACGAAUCAUUAAGCAUAUUUCAUAUGCAUUGAAUGAUGUUGCUAUUGUUCUGCUUCUAUAUAUGGACAUAACACUGAUUGCAGGUCAUGUGAGGAGUUGGGUUGCACUAUGCAAUUAGUCUUGUGAUACUAGGACAUCUGCAGUAUCCUGUUUUAUGAGGUCCAUAAGCAGGUGGAUGAGCAUCCUCGAGCAGCCGGGAGAAGUGUGACUACAGGGGUUGGAAACUUGCAAUAUGCUGAGGAACCUCCUGUGGCCUACUUCGAAGCACGACGUGUACCUGGUGCAGAACUACUCCGUGAUGCACUGGUCUGCCCUGCUCCAGAGAGGAACGGAAGUGCUCAAUGUGGCCGGCCGAUUGGCCCCGACACAGAAUGUGAAGGGGGCUAGACCAUUGUCGAGGGUUCAGAUCAGCACCAUGGCUGUGAAGGACAACCUCAUUGUUGCCGGCGGCUUCCAGGGAGAACUCAUCUGCAAGUAUGUUGAUAAACCCGGGGUGGCAUUCUGCACGAACCUGACCGGCGACGACAACUCCACCACCAACGCCGUCGACAUCUACCAGGCACCCAACGGCGGCACUCGAGUGAUGGCGGCGAACAACGACUGCGUCGUCAGAACAUUCGACGCCGAGAGAUACAGCCUUCUCAGUCAGUUCACCUUCCCGUGGUCUGUCAACAGCACGUCGGUGAGCCCCGACGGCAAGCUGCUGGCGGUUCUGGGCGACAGCACGGAGUGCGUGAUCGCGGACCCGCAGUCGGGCAGGGCGACGGCGACGCUGCGCGGGCACCAGGACUACUCCUUCUCGUCGGCGUGGCACCCCGACGGCCGCGUCCUGGCGACGGGGAACCAGGACGGGACGUGCAGGCUGUGGGACGCGCGCAGCCUGUCGGAGCCGUUCGCGGUGCUGAAAGGCCGGAUCGGCGCCGUCCGGGGCCUCCGGUUCUCCCCCGACGGCGGCAGGUUCCUGGCAGCGGCCGAGGCCGCCGACUUCGUGCACGUGUACGACGCCGCGGCCGGGUACGUCGGGCGCGAGCAGGAGGUGGAGCUGUUCGGGGAGGUGGCCGGCGCCGCGUUCAGCCCCGACGGCGAGGCGCUGUUCGUCAGCGUCGCCGACCGCACCUACGGCGGCCUGCUCGAGUUCCGCCGCCGCCGGGCGGACGGCUACCUCGACACGUGUUUCUUCUGAGCUCUGAGGGAGGCGCGCGCGCCAUUAUAUCGACUGUGCACUGUGCAUGUGCCGGCCGGCGAUGUGCACGUAUAUACUGUAUACAUACAGAGGUUUGGUGUGUAUAGUGUAGGUGUGGUGCGGCCUGCAUUCGCUCCUUUUAGAACGGCGUAAUGGCAGGUGCUUGCUUUCAGGAGCUAGCUAGCGCCUCUUUCUUGUUGGUGGUUUCGGACUUGGGGAAGCAGGACACUUGUGUGGUGACUGGUGUUUGAGGUACUGUGAGCUUGCUGCUAUAGAGGUGCUGUGUAUGAAUUCACACUCGGUAAUGUAAGAAAUGUAAAUUAUUGCUAGGUGUUCUUAAUAACAAAUAAAUAUCAGGGUCUAAAGAUUUGACGA